GAGUGCCAUUAUUUCUGCAGGACAACCGAGAAAGAACAGCGAUGUGUUUGCGCCAGUAACGGGUAGCCACGAUAACAACAGGCGCUACACUGCACCGGUGUUUUUCCAAAGCACCACAUUUGGUACAAAAAUUAGUCGCUUCAAAAAUAUUUAAACUUCUCAAAAGGUCGACAAAAAGAAGACAGACACAAGAUUGGUCUGAAGGUGACGACACCGACGGAAGAAAACUUCGAGCUCAUCACCAACGUGAAAGUAUUCAGCAUCUGAGACAUGCUGUUUGAAGAGGCUCUGCAGCUUGUCGGUGAAUUCGGCGUGUUCCAAUGGCUGCUCAUCGUGUACCUCGUGGUGUUCGUGGCUCCGAUGCGAGUGAUACCGCUGUUCGCACACAUCUUCACGUUAUUGGAGCCGCCGCACUGGUGUCGUCAGCCCGAACUCGAAGAUGUGUUCAACUUGACGCGCGAGGAAGCUCGAGCCUUGGGUGUGCCUCGCGAGUCCGACGGGAGCUGGAGCAAGUGCACCAUGUACGAGUUCAACUUGACAGCACUCGACCCCUGGACGGUCGGACAGAACCUGAAUGCAAGCUUGCCCGCCAGAGACCUGCUGCCCGUUGUGCCUUGCCAGUUCGGUUGGCACUACGACCACUCCGUCAUCUAUCCGACCAUCGUGUCCGAGAUGGAUUGGGUGUGUGGCCAGACCUGGAAAGCGUACAUCUCAAACUCGCUCUUUUUUGGGGCCAUGUCCAUCGGGGUGAUUGGGAUCGGCGCCAUAAGCGACAAAAUCGGCCGCGUUCCCGUGAUGAUUGCAAUCUACAUCCUGGCAGGGGUGGGCGCAGUGACCACCUACUUUACGCAAGACUUCUAUCUUUUCCUGGUCACUCGGAUCAUCCAAGGAGGUGUUAUCCUCUCCAUCAGCAUUAUCCCUUUCGUACUGGCGCUGGAGUAUGUGCCUGCGCAGAAGCGGAUGCUGGUUCUGAGUGCCUUCCGGUUCGCCUACCCUCUGUUGGGAGUUUGCAUGCCGUGGGUGGCGUACGCACUGGCCCACUGGCGCCUCCUGAACGCUGUCGUCGUGCUACCCUGCCUCGCCGGACCCGUGGUUUCCAUUUUCAUACCGGAAUCAACCAGGUGGCUGCUGUCGAAAGGACGGACCGAUAGAGCGAAAAAAAUCUUGCUUAGUGUCGCCCGUGUUAACGGCAAGCAAGUGGAAGAAUCGGCACUCGACUCUCUCCAGUUGCCGAACAAGACCGACGCUUCUAAGAGGUCGUCAACAACGGACGUGUUCCGGUACCCUACACUCCGCAGGAGUUUCCUUAUAACACUUUUUCUUUGGUUGAUGUCGUGCCUGACCUACUCGGCCGGGCAGCUGUACGCUGCCACUGCAACCGACGACCCAUUCGUGAUGACGUCGACGACCAACGCCAUGGACAUAUUGGCCACGGGGCUGGCUCUUCCACUAGCCGACAGGUGGGGUCGCCGACCGAGCAUGGUGUGCGCGUACGGCCUGGCUGCUCUCUGCUAUUUGGGCGUGGCAGGCUUCUAUGGGAAAUCAGCUGCAAUAUUCGCCAUCCUGAUGGUGGGCCGGUUCGCUCUCACCACUGCCUACAACGUGGGCUACCUUUUCGCUGCUGAGAUCUACCCGACCGAGAUACGGUCGCAAGCGCUAUCAAUAAGACAAGCCUUUGGCUCGCUCGGAAAGUUCCUCAGCGCUCAAGUCGUACAGCUGGCGUUCUACGGCCGCUUCCUGCCUCUGUUUGUACUGGGCGGGCUGUCUUGUGCGUCGGCGCUCAUAACACUGCCUCUUCCGGAGACCAACAACCAGCGGCUGCCGGAAACGCUGGAAGAGGGCGAGGCGAUGCGAGAGCUACCCAAGCCCUGGUUCCCGUGCCUAGCAGAGAAGAAGCGGGAGCGAAGCGGAACGGGCACUCGGGGUCGCAGCAUGUCCACCAUGUCUGCAGCUACUAUCGAUAGUGUCAGUCCGCAUUAGAAGAGCACGAAUGUUUAUGAGAUCAUUAUAACAGUGCGGCGUUGAAAGAAAAAAGUACUGUCGUAGACAGGCUUGACACAAGAAGAGAGCUAAUGACGCUGCUAGCGGACGGACACAUUGGCGGAGAACUAAGCCACCGCAAGAUUUUCUUGAAUCACGUGGCAGCCCGGUUGCCAGACAAUGCCCUAGGGUUAAUGUCCUGGAAUAGCGUGGCUAUUGUUGCGAAGAACAUUUCGCUCGAUGAGUCACUGCUAACACGAGAAUGAAGUAACACCCGAAUUAGCGACUGUUCAACGUCAUGUAAACUUACAAUGUAUCGCCAAAACACGUCUGACAAACAUAAACGCUGAUUUUUGUAUGACUGCAACUGCUUAUUGGUGUGCUAGGUGAACCAAGGCCACAGUGCCCGAACCCCUGAGUUCAUCUCGUAUUCUAAGACACCGUAAUUUAUAUAUUGUGGGCACUUAUUAAGCUAUUCAUUGUCAUCUGUACAUGAUCAUCAUAACCUACGUGAAGUUCACUGGGGUGCGUCUUCAUCAUCGCUUGUGGGGCUUUCUCUUGAGUGUGAGCUGUGCUUUGGGCGUGGUCGGCUCGCCGUAUAUCGACGCGUAAUAAAGGUCGCUGAUAACUGCUGCGUCACAAUAUGUAAUUACUGUAGACUACGCCCAAAGUGUUGUGAAUUUAGGUCGCUGUGAACUAGAAUGGUUGUCACUUGUAUGAACUUAGUGACAAAUUUUGAAAAGCAUAAACCAGCGGCACCCAAACAACAUACGCGAAAUAUACCACAUGUUUAUUGUAUUUUCUUGGCUCUGCUGGCGUUGCAGAUAUUAUAUACGGCUACAGAGUUAUUCUAGGCAGGUAUUUUCUAGGGAUGCCUUAUGCCUUAUUCUAUACCAGUCUUAUCAUCCACCGCUCAUGGCCGACUGAUCCCGUUGAUAAGGUGAGCGGACCACUGACCAAGCGCGAAAAGCGCGAACAGGCAUUAGCAUCGGAAAGGCAUCGCUACAAAAUACCGGCCCUAAUCUCAUUUUUCGUGUAAAGGGGAUACAAGGCGCACGUUUGGACCACACUCUGGUGGAUGAAGUGCUACGUGCCCCGAACAUAAUUAGGACAGUGAUUUGGGCGAGAUGGUCCAAGCUCAUGGCGUGAAUACAGCGCAAAGCACUGCAAGUGCGGGAAGAGCUGGUUAGCGGUAACUGGUUCGAUACACAGGCGUUCGCGUUUGUUCAUGUUUCCGCUAACCACUUCUUCGCGCACUUCGGUGUAUUGCGCUGCAUUCACGCCGAGCUACAUUUGUUGACACUCGAGUGCUACUGAAAACUCCUAAAACGUAUGCGUAAAAUGCUCCGCUGUUCUGUGGGCCCCCCGUGUCCAAAUUAAAAAAUGUUUUCAUUUUAAAACAUGGUUUUGUUACUCACGCACAAUGUAGCGCAAGCGGAACACAAGAGGCGACAG